AAACGCGGCAGCGCGUAGCCGGAGCAGCACGCGGAGACGCAGCCCCGCGGGAGGCCUUUGGGAGCACGUCAGGACCCGACCCGAGAGCGACCUGGGCUCGGAGCGCGUUUUCCAGACCCUAAGCGCGCCCUUGCUAGUCCCAGCUGCCAGGCCUCUGGCAUGGACGGCGCCCGCUCAUAGAUGGACGGCGAUGGCGGCCGCCUAGACUCCGCUGGAGCACUGAUGGAGGACCAGCGCGGCGCGGGGCCCGCGGGCAAGGUGGAGCCGGCGGCGGUGCCGCGGACGCGUGUGGCCCGACCCGGGCCACAGCGCUUCUUGCGGCGCAGCGUGGUGGAGUCGGACCAGGAGGAACCGCCGGGCCUGGAAGCUGCGGAGGCGCCGAGCGCGCAGCCCCCGCAGCCCCUACAGCGCCGGGCGCUGCUACUGUGCAAGACCCGCCGCCUCAUCGCCGAGCGCGCACGCAACCGCCCAGCCGCCCCAGCGCCCACCCCGUCCGCUGCGUCGCCGGGUGCUUCCAGCGACCCCGGCUCAGAGCCUGCGGGUGCGCAGGAGCCGGGCUUCGACCCGGUGCCGGUGCCCGCCCCAGACCGCGGGCGGGGUGAAGAGGCGGCGUCACCGAGGAAAGAGGACGCAGGGACGCAGGAGGAAAGGCCGGAGCCGGGGCGCGCGCGCAGAGAUGAGCCCGAGGAGGAGGAGGACGAUGAGGAUGACCUCAAGGCCGUGGCCACCUCCCUGGACGGCCGCUUCCUUAAGUUCGAUAUCGAGCUAGGCCGUGGCUCCUUCAAGACUGUGUACAAGGGUCUGGACACGGAGACCUGGGUGGAGGUGGCCUGGUGCGAGCUGCAGGACCGGAAGCUCACCAAGCUAGAGCGACAGCGGUUCAAGGAGGAGGCUGAGAUGCUAAAGGGCCUGCAGCACCCCAACAUUGUGCGCUUCUAUGACUUCUGGGAGUCCAGUGCCAAGGGGAAACGGUGCAUCGUGCUGGUGACUGAACUGAUGACUUCUGGGACACUGAAGACGUACCUGAAGCGGUUCAAAGUGAUGAAGCCCAAGGUGCUGCGUAGCUGGUGCCGGCAGAUACUGAAGGGGCUGCUGUUCCUUCACACCAGGACGCCCCCCAUCAUCCACCGGGACCUCAAGUGUGAUAAUAUCUUCAUCACUGGGCCCACUGGCUCUGUAAAGAUUGGCGACCUGGGCCUGGCCACCCUCAAGAGAGCAUCCUUUGCCAAGAGUGUGAUAGGCACCCCUGAGUUCAUGGCACCCGAGAUGUACGAGGAGCACUAUGACGAGUCCGUAGAUGUCUACGCCUUCGGGAUGUGCAUGUUGGAGAUGGCCACCUCAGAGUACCCCUACUCAGAGUGCCAGAAUGCUGCCCAGAUCUAUCGGAAGGUCACCUGUGGCAUCAAGCCGGCCAGCUUUGAAAAAGUACAUGAUCCAGAAAUCAAGGAGAUUAUUGGGGAGUGUAUCUGCAAAAACAAGGAGGAGAGGUACCAGAUCAAGGACCUGCUCAGCCACGCCUUCUUCGCGGAGGACACAGGCGUAAGGGUGGAGCUGGCUGAGGAGGACCAUGGCAGGAAGUCCACUAUUGCUCUGCGACUCUGGGUCGAGGACCCCAAGAAACUGAAGGGCAAGCCCAAGGACAAUGGGGCCAUAGAGUUUACCUUCGAUCUGGAGAGGGAGACACCGGACGAUGUGGCACAGGAGAUGAUUGAAUCGGGUUUCUUCCACGAGAGCGAUAUGAAGAUUGUGGCCAAGUCCAUCCGUGACCGCGUGGCAUUGAUCCAGUGGCGGCGGGAAAGGAUCUGGCCAGUGCUGCAACCCCAGGAGCAGCAGGACACAGGCAGCCCUGACAAGGCCAGGGGCCUGCAUGUGCCCUUGCAGGUCCAGGUGACUUAUCAUGCACAGACUGGGCCACUGGAGCCCGAGGAGCCUGAGGCUGACCAGCACCUCCUACCCACCAUGCUGCCAGCUAGUGCUACCUCCUUGACCUCGGACAGCACGUUCGACAGCGGCCAGGGCUCCACCGUGUACUCGGACUCGCAGAGCAGCCAGCAGAGCGUGGUGCUGGGCUCACUGGCAGAUGCAGCACCGCUCACCGCCCAGAGUGUGUGCAGUCCCCCCGUAAGCAUGAGCGAGGGGCCUGUCCUGCCGCACAGCCUGCCCUCGCUGGGGGCCUACCAGCAGCUGGCCACGCCUCUUCCACUGGCCCAGCCAGCACCCCUGCCACAGGUCCUGGGCCCGAAGCCUGUGGGUCCUCUCCAGUCAGUGCCCCCCCAUCUGCCUCCGUACCUGGCUCCGACCUCUCAGGUGGCCCCGUCUCAGCUGAAGCCCAUCCAGAUGCCACCAGUGCCCCUGCAGCCACUCACUCAAGUCCCUCCACAGAUGCCUCCACUUCCUGUUAUCCCACCAGUUGCUCCACUGACCACAAUCGACAGCCACCCUACAGCCCUCUCCGACCUGCUGGCUGCAAGUGGGCCUGCUGUGCCUCCUCCAUCUCAAUACUUCUCACCUACUGUGAUCUUGCCAAGCCUUCCACUCAGUGCUGCUGCCCCCUUGCCUAUGUCACCAGCCAUGCCUAUGCCGGCAUUGAAGCUGCCCCACACCGCCAGGGCCCCACUGGCCGUGCCAUGCCAGACCCUUAUGCCAAAUGUGGCAGCUGCCACCACUCCCGUCCCUCUGCUGGCUGUGGCCCCACAGGGCACGGCUGCCCUGCCCAUCCAUCCUGCCGUGGCCCAGCUCCCGGCCCAGCCUGUGUACCAGGCAGCCUUUCCACAGAUGGUGCCCAGUGACAUUCCCCCUUCUCCCCUCCACACGGCACAGACUGUGAGAACCACCCCUCUGCAGCCAGCGACCCCCAUGCUGUCGCAGCCCCAGCCGCCAACCAUCGCCCACCUUCCCGAGCAGACUGCUUCAGCCCCCAGGGUGGGAAGCCAGAUCCUGCUUGGCCACCCACCUUCGUAUGUGGUGGACAUCACUGCCCAGGUCCCCACAGUUCCCACUCCUGCUGCCAUCCUCUCCCCGCCUCUGCCGGAAGUGCUGCCACCUGCCACCCCUGAGUUCCUGCCUCAGCUUCCUAGUUCCCUGGCUCCCACAGUGGUGGCUGCUGCUCAGAGCUUGCCCAUCCAGACCUCUGCGCUGCUGCCACCUGCUAACCUACCACUGACCAGUGGGCCUGGGAUCUCCAACCUCUGCCCAGCUGUCCAGUCUGCCGUGGAGUUGGCUCCAGAGGAGCAGGCCUCACAGGACAAGCAGCUUGGCCUCCUGCAGAGCUGUGAGAGCUACGGAGGGUCCGAUGUCACUUCUGGAAGAGAGCUGAGUGACAGCUGCGAAGGCACGUUUGGUGGGGGGAAGCUGGAAGGCAAGCCUACCCGGAAACACCACCGCAGGUCUACACGCAUGCGCUCCCGCCAGGAGAGGGCCAGCCGGCCCCGGCUGACCAUCCUGAAUGUGAGGAGACAGGUAUGCAACACGGGUGAUAAGAUGGUCGAGUGCCAGCUGGAGACACACAACCACAAAAUGGUGACAUUCAAGUUUGACCUGGAUGGGGAUGCACCCGAUGAGAUCGCCACCUACAUGGUAGAGCACGACUUCAUCCUGCAGGCUGAACGGGAGACAUUCAUUGAGCAGAUGAAAGAUGUCAUGGACAAGGCGGAAGACAUGCUUAGUGAAGACACAGAUGUGGACCAUGGCUCUGACCCAGGGGCAAGCCCACCACCUCUCAGCACCAGCAGCCUGGGUGCCGGAGAGGAGAGUCGCCAAUCCCAAGCAAACGCCCUGGUGUAUCAGCAGAAUGUCCUACACACUGGGAAGAGGUGGUUUAUCAUCUGUCCAGUGUCUGAACACCCAGCUGCAGAGGCCCCCGAAUCUUCGCCCCCACUUCCUCUGAGCUCCCUGCAGCCAGAAGUCAGCCCAGAUGCAGCACCCUGUAAAGACCAGUUGUCCUUGAAGGAAAAACCUGGCAUCCCAGCUGGUCUGCAUCUUCUGAACCAAGCAGGCUCCAAGGACACCCCUGGGGGCACAUUGGCCCCUUUGGUGCCAUCCUCCCCUUCUGUGAAUGUGAUGCCCCAGGAAAUGGCUGCACCAGCUGCCAGCCCCAAGCUAGAACCAGCAAGGGGGGUGGCCAUGCAGGCAGGUGGCCCAGUGACCUCUCAGGAGAUGGCCAGUGAGUUUGAGAUCCCCCAGCCACCGACAGAGACUCAUGAUGAUGCCCAACUUGCUGCAAGGCUCCCAGAUAUACUCAGAGAGCCUUGCACCGCCCCCCCAGAGGUCCCUCAUCACCCCACAGGUCUCAGGGAGCCUGCCACAGCCAGGGAGGCCAGCACCCAGGUAGAGUCCCUGCCAGCUCCAACCCCUGCACCCAGUGCCUCCAGCAGGACCCCUCAGCCUGCCCUGGGCCAGUCCCUACCUCCACUCUCUAAUGUGGUGGGUGCCAUCAGCCUGGCUACCUCCCAGCUCCCAAGCCCCCCACUAGGGCCCACCACCCUCCCCCAACCAUUAGAGUCAGAUGGGGAAGGGCCACUUCCUAGAGUGGGCUUCGUGGACAGUACUAUCAAGAGCCUCGAUGAGAAGCUGCGGAAUCUGCUCUACCAGGAGCAUGUGCCCACCUCCUCGGCCUCAACCGGGACCCCUGUGGAGAUGGGUGACCAAGACUUCAUCCUAGAGCCCCCGAGAGGGGAUUGGCCCUGCACAGAGGCAUCUAGGGGGGACCCAGCCCUGCCUUCACAGUUUGUGUUGGACAAGUCAGAACUGGCCCCUGGGCUAGAGGUGGCAUUGGAGCAGGCUGCGUCCUCACCAGUGAAAGCAGCAACAUCUUUGAGCAACAUACUGGGCUCUGAUGGAGGAUGGGUAGCCUCAGGUUCACCUGCAGCACCCAGUGUCCCUCAGGAUGCCCCUGCUUCCGCCAUCCCUGCACAUCUGGAGCUCACAGACCAGAGCGGCGGGGUCCCUGGGGAAACUGCAGCCGAGCCCAUGCAGUGCUACCCCAAGAUGUUGACCGAGGGCAGCCAGGCCAGCCACCCCCAGACUCACGGUGCUCUGGCCUCAGGGUCCCCUCAGAAACAGCCAGCACGGCAAGGUGGCAGUUCACCAGCCAAAACGGUGGGCCGGUUUUCUGUAGUCAGCACCCAGGAUGAGUGGACCUUGGCCUCUCCACACAGCCUGCGGUACUCAGCCCCACCUGAUGUGUACUUGGAGGAGGGGCCCCACAGCCCUGAUAUGAAGCUGGCCCUGCGGCGUGUGCAGACGACUUCCUCCAUCGAGGUCUGUCCUGGAGAGCCCAUGUCCAGUGACUCUGGGGAUGAGUGCCCACGUAAGAGGCGCCCUAUGCUGAAGCAUGGCUCUCUGCCUGGCAGCGGUGGCAAUGUGGCUAGUGACCUUGUGAAGAAGGCCACUGCCUUUCUACACAGGUCCGCAAGGGCUGGCUCUCCAGGUCCAGAGACACCCAGCAGGAUGGGUGUGAAGGUCCCCACCAUCAGUGUGACCUCCUUCCACUCCCAGUCAUCCUACAUAAGCAGUGACAAUGACUCAGAGAUUGAGGAUGCCGACAUCAGGAAGGAGCUGCAGAGUCUUCGAGAGAAACACCUGAAGGAGAUCUCAGAGCUGCAGAGCCAGCAGAAGCAAGAGAUAGAAGCCCUGUACCGCCGCCUGGGCAAGACCCUGCCCCCCAACCUGGGCCUUUUUCAUACAGCACCCCCAACCAGCCGCCGGAAAAAGACCAGCAGGAGCAAGCUGAAGGCUGGGAAGUUGCUGAACCCUCUAGUGCAGCAACUCAAGGUUGUGGCCUCCAGUACAGGUCAUUUGUCAGAGUGCAACAGAGCCCCUCCUGCUAAGGACCCCACCAAAGCUGGGGCAGGGCCCGCACCAGCUUCAGACCCGUGUGGAAAGGCAGUUCAGACCCAGCAGCCUUGCUCUGUUCGGGCCUCCUUGUCUGCAGACAUCUGCUCCGGCUUAGCCAGUGACGGAGGUGGAGCACAUGGCCCAGGCUGGACGGUUUGCCACCCAACGUCUGAGAGAGUGACCCAUAAGUCUAGUAGCAAACCUCGCACUCGAUUCCUCAGUGGACCCGUGUCUGUGUCCAUCUGGUCUGCCUUGAAGCGUCUCUGUCUAGGCAAAGAGCACAGCAGUCGGUCCUCCACCAGCAGCCUGGUCCCAGGCCCUGAGCCAGGCCCUCCACCUGCCCUGCAUGUCCAGGCUCAGGUGAACAACAGCAACAACAAGAAAGGCACUUUCACGGAUGACCUGCACAAGCUGGUGGAUGAGUGGACCAGCAAGACAGUGGGGGCUUCACAGCUGAAGCCAUCACUCAACCAGCUGAAGCAGACACAGAAGCUACAUGACAUGGAGGCGAUGGCUGGCUGGCCCCCAACCCCUGGCGAGGUGCGGGCUGUGAACACACCUCGAGCAGCAGUGGGGACACCAUGUCUGGCCCUGGCACCUGGCCCUCUGCCUACCACAGUCAUUCCUGGAACUGCCCUGGCCUUGCCUCUGCUCAUACCAGAUUCUGAGAGUGAGAAGCCCAACUGAGCCCAGGCUGGCUGACCCGACCCAGACGCCAGACCCUGUGUCAUCAUACAAAGAAGGCGGGUCUGCACCUCAUGUCAGUUCACACUGUUUUGUAACCACUUUCUAAGCAUUUUUUAAAUUCACAAUUGGAAACACAAAUGUAACGCAACAAUAAAAAGUAUU